UCCAAACACACACAAUAGACAGAAAUCAACAAGUGAAAGGCACCAGAAAUAAGCUGGAUUAAAAGAGGAAAUUGAAAGACUUUGGAACAUGAACAGGGUAUAUACAUUGUCCCAAUAGUAAUAUUUGCCACUGGUGUCAUCCCAAUGUCACUUAGGGCUACACAGUAAUAUCUAUGUAAAUCUUCAGAAAGCCACAAUACUAAACACCACUAGAAUAGUCUGAAAGUUCCUAGCAAUUGAGAAAUGGGUGUGCUCGGCUAUGCCCGUACCUCAGGUUUUACCAGCCUGAGCUGAGAAAAAACACAUUUCUAUAAUAAUAAAUAAGCAAUAAAAUAACGAGAACGUUAGAUGCAGAAUCCUUUAAAGUGAUUCUACAGGUUGUGGGAAAAGUCAACUGUCAGAAACAUCAGAGGAUAGUCUUUCUCGUUGACAGGUGAAUUACAUGUUGCUACUAUAUACGGACAUGAUUUUUCAAACUUGAAUUAUGAAAUAGAUUCGGGUACUGUAUCCCUUUGUCUUUUAUUUGAUCCUAAUCGAUUAGCCAUCUCUUCAUGCAGUUUUCCAUGUCUGUGCCUUGUUUCCGACACAAGGAAAUAUUUGAAUAAAGAUCAUUCUGUAAUUGAACGCCACGGGGCCCAUUGGACUCUGCGCUGUGAAGAACAAGGCGAGGGUCUGCUGAGCAGAGGAACUCAUCUUCGGGCCUGGGUUUCCGAUCGGAGCCCGGGUGCUGCACCGGGACGAGCUGGCCGCCGGUCCCGCGGAGAGACGGGAGAGCCUGGAAGCUGCUGGCAGGGGUCGCCCCGAUGACUGAGCCCAGCCCUCGAGCAACCUCAUCACCCCUCCUCCUGCCGCAGGUCAUGUCCUAGUUCCCAUACAUUUCAUAGCUUUUCGGUAAACGCACUUUUUACGGCAGCUUAAUAUUGUAGAAGUAAUUGUUCCGAUUUUUUUUUUGAAAAUGUAUUGCUUCAGACUUUACCAAAAUUACAUUUGCUGAAAAUCUGAAAUAAAACGGGGAUCGCUUGAAACAUUCGGCAGGUCAGACAGCGUGUGCAAAGAGAGAAACCGCGUUGCCCUUUCAAGUUUGCGAGCCUCCUGCCAGUACAAAAGGAUAAACCACAUGGGAACAAACCUACAUAGGAAGUGUGAUGUUGACCACUGCCAUGCAGAGACAGUCCUUUUUCAGUGUUCGAAGACUUGUAGCCAACUCGGCAUCAUGUCUCCCUGGUACUGCGUGCAGGUCCGAUGAAAAGUCAAAGCCACAGAAACACACACAGAAGCAGCAUGUGAAAAGAGGCAGUGCUGUUAGUAUCCUCCAGGAUCCUGGUAUCCCAGUGCUGGGAAAGAUGAGCAGACAAGAGCUUGUCGAACUGAUUGCAACCAGUGUGGUAUACCAAGAAUGUAGCGAUCUUUGCUUGACGUCACUACUUCCAGAUCUUCGGCAGCAGCUGCAGCUUUCUGAAGAGCUCCAUAUUGUAAAAGCAAGUCACAGAGACUAUUCUGGUCUGGUUCUGCUUUCAAAUUGUCACCAAACCACCAAACUCAUUGAGGAUGCCUUUAUCCAGGCUCGCAGAAAAAAGGAACCAUUAAUGACUUACUGUGCGGUGACAGUGGGAGUUCCAGAACCUGAAGAGGGUGAGAUUAGCAUUGCUCUGAAACAACAGAAUAUUGGCAAGCAGAAGCUGGUAGUUCCUGUGUUUCACCCUACUCGUGGAACCCUUCAGCGGAAAGAAGCGAAGAAAGCAGUUACACAGUACAAAGUUCUGGAUACUGCAGCUGGCUGUGCUUUAGUACAGCUUCAGCCUCUUACAACCUUUGAGAGCUUGUUGGAAGUUCAUCUGAGUCUCAAACUCUGCAAAGUUCUUGGGGAUCAUGUAUACUCUGCCCGGCUGGGCAAGGUUCUGGGAGUUCCCUUCUGUCUUCCUGUGGAAUCAGCAAUUCCUCAGACGCAGGUAUUGGAUGAAUUCUUACUGAGGAAACUACAUUUGAACCAAAAACAGAUGUGGAAAGUACCAAUUCACCUUCACUUACAAAGACUUACAAUCCCACCAUUGGAAGCUAAGAAGUCAGAGACAGUUAUUACAGCUGCUCCCAUGGCUUACUUUAGCAGGACUCUCGAGCUCUUGGGUUUAACUAUGAAUGAAUCUGCUGAGGAAAGUACAAGGAAAAGGAGGAAACGAAGAAUUACAGAACAUGAAGGGGUUGUUUGAGCCACAGCUCUGAGAUAAAAGGCAGACUUCUGUGUGGUUAUAGCAAAAUCCAAGUUUUACAGACUCAGUAAAUCAGGAUGUGAUUGCAACACGUAGAGAUGGUACAGAUCUCCAGGACAAUCAUAACAAUUAUUGCUCAAUUAAAAUGAAUUUAACAAUAAAUAUUGUUUGGUAUACCUUAUUCUUACCGUCCUGGAUUUAGGGGAAUAAAUUUGGGUUCCUAGUCUGACGGGUCAUUGACCUAAAAUUAUCUUUUUCUCAUCAUCUCUCAUUAUCCCUCCCUUCCCACCCCCCCCCCACUAAUGCUAGAUGACCACCCGAGUUGUGCCAGCAUUUCCUGUCUAGAUUUCUAGGGUUUGCCAACUUCUGAUUGUUAACUAAUGACUGUAACUAACAGCAUGCCUUUAGAGAUAUGUGCAAUUACUUGAUCAAUUUUGAUAUGAUACCCUUGUCAUUUCGCUAGCCUUAUGCCUGCACAUUUCAUUUUGCGUGGUAAAACUACAGGCACAAGUGGAUUCUUAUUCUGAUAGACUAAUUGGCAAAUCCAGGAGAAAUGAGUUAAUAAGAGUAUAAAGAUUCAAACGGCUGGCUGCAAUGCCAAGCUUCAGAUUAAUUUUAAUUAUCACAUACCUUGAAAAGUAAUGUUUGCAUCAACAGCAGUCCUCCAACCCAGGACAGGUCACUUCUGCCCUCCAGCCUCCGGCAGAUUCAGAUUCACAGACGUGGGCUUGGUCCUCCCCAGCAGAUUCUCAGCCUCAGGGUUCUGUCUAUCAGGCCUCAACUUCCAGUCAAACCCAGAACUCGAUGAUGACAAAUGAAGACCCUGACCACUAGGCCUUGACAUGUUAGUGGAGCACUGUAACAAUUUACAAUAUAGACAGGGGAGUCUGACUGGUUCUGUCUGAUAAUGCAAAAGAUUGUUUAUCCACUUAUGUGUGGUCUCCAUUCUGGCACUCAAACAAACCUCUGGCUGUAGACUGGGUUACAGAUCACAUCUGAAGCUGUAUAUACAAACAGAAGCAACUAAUAAAGCAGGAUCAAGAACAGGAGUGUAGCAGUUAGUGUGAUGCUGUUACAGAUUGGGCUGUCAAAAUAUUCCAACCUCAUCUGUAAGGAGUUUGUACAUUCUCCCUGUGGAAUGUAUGGGUUUUUUCCGGGUGCUCCAGUUCCCUCCCACAGUCCAAAGAUGCACUGGUUAGUAGGUUAAUUGGUCAUUGUAAAUUAGGCGAGGGUUAAACUGGGGUUGCUGGGUGGAAGCACCUGCUCCAUGCCAUACCUCUAAAAUAACGAACCCCAUAGCUUGAAUUGCCAGUGCCUAAUUACAAGUGGGUCAGAAGGUUUUUAGUUCAUCUUUGAGGCUUUUAAAAGUAUUAAACCCCUGCCUAGAAUUUGUACACUGAUUUACCACUCUUCAAAGUAUACAGGGGGAAAAAAUCAAGGGCUUUGGUAUUGAUCUCUUGCUGUGGGUUUCUCACCCAUAAGUGCGCCAGUUCAAAGCCAGCUCAUGCUUUUUAGUUUAACAAAAGUAUCUGGAGCAACAUUGUGCAAACUCAAUUUCAGACGUGUAGGGUAUCUGAAACCACAUUGUAGAUGUACAAAUACUGUUAGAGUUGAGUUUUUGGGUCGAUGUCAUUUACACUUAAAUGACUUUGGCCGCCAGUCUUCUGUUCUCUGACAAAGUGCUGUGGUUUGAGUUCAUAAUAAUGCGUUUCCCAAAAGCUGUGAACCCAGUUCAUUUGUAACAAUGCUGUUCUUAAAAGCAUUAAAUAAAAGCUGUGAAUACCGGAAUACGGUAGUUUUGAAAACAGCCUUAUCUAUACUUUGUAAAUAUAACUUGUCCUCUAUGUUAGCAUGUAAAAUACCAAAUAAAUGUAUUGUGGAUUUAACUUGCAUUCCCAAAUACCAGCCCAGGCAUGUGGCCGUCAGGAGGAAAGGAUGAAGUCAGAAGGUGUGAUGUUUGUAUGUAGCUUCAAAGGAAAGCAUUGUUUAUACUUUGUAAAUAGGGACUGCCCUUUGUGUUUAGCAAAUAAAUAUCGAGCCCACACUGGGCUAGCAGACCUUUUCCACCAAAGGGUCUCCAUAUGACGCUUGCUGUACCUUGUGUCGAAUAAAGAAGCUGCUU